GUGAGAGAGAAGCUCAUUAUUUGGCAACCGGAGUGGCAGCGGGCAGGGCUGAAGAGGGGAUCCCCGGGAUCGUUUUUUUUUUUUUUUUUUUCUUUCUUCAUCGAAUUACAGGAGUAAAUAGUCUGUCAAAACAAGUGAAAAGCGUUACAGCGACACCUCUUCUCCGCAGUGAUGUCGGAGGAGGCGGUGCGUCAGACGCGCAGCCGGAAGCGGGCCCUGGAGAGGGAUGUGGUUGCCCCUGGCAGCCCUGGAUGGGAGCUGGACAGUAAGAAGGUAAAGCUGGAGAACUGUGACCUGCUACCUGCAGCAGAUGGACCUAUAGCUCUAGUGGCUGUGGGUGGAGGAGGAGAUGUGGUGAAGACUGAGCAGACAGCCAAGGUGGCCAGCAUGAGCAUCCUGAAGACCGGUGAGGUUAAGGCUACCAUCAAAGUGGAGGUGCAGACUGGGGACAGGCCUGUAGAUAUGAGCACAUCCAAGAGUGACGUAAAGAAAGAGAGGCAGCCCCUGUCACCAAACAAUGAUGUCAUAGUGUUGUCAGACAACGAGCCGUCCAUCCCCGUCAUGAACGGCCUGAACUACUACAAAAAGACAGACACUGACCUGCUCAGGAAGAGCAGCCCAGAUGAGAGGGAGCGCAUCAUCAAACAGUUGAAGGAGGAGCUGAGACUACAGGAGGCCAAGCUGGUGCUGCUGAAGAAACUACGACACAGCCAGAUCCAGAAGGAGAGCACUGUACAGAAGCCAACCUCUGGCUCUGUGGCCACUCCUCCACCUCUGGUCAGAAGCAGCAUCGCAUCAGGCAAAGGACCACUACAGGUGUCGUCAGGCCGUAGCUCAGGCAUAGUGAUCCCUCCUCCAUUAGUCCGGGGUGGGCAGCAUGUCCCGUCCAAACAGAACUCCCAGACUGUCAUGCCACCCCUCGUCAGAGGGGCACAGCCCAUUGCGGUGUCUCCCCAGCAGAUCGCGUCCUUGCGGCAGCAGCAGCACUCUGGGUCGGGCCCCCCUCCCCUGCUGCUGGCCCCCAGGGCCUCGGUCCCCAAUGUCCAGGUGCAGGGCCAGAGGGUCAUCCAGCAGGGCCUUAUCAGGGUGGCAAAUGUCCCCAACACCAACGUCCUGGUCAACAUACCACAGGGCUCUCAGAAGGGCUCAUCUGUGACGUCUCAGGCCGGGAUGGGCAGUGGCGUGUCCACGGUCCAGGCCAACGAGUCCCCGGCUGCUCGCCAGGCGGCCGCCAAGCUAGCGUUGCGUAAGCAGCUGGAGAAGACACUGCUGGAGAUCCCUCCUCCCAAACCUCCCGCCCCCGAGCGCAACUUCCUGCCGUCAGCAGCCAACAACGAGUUCAUCUACCUGAUGGGCCUGGAGGAGGUGGUGCAGAACCUGCUGGACACACUGGGACGGGGCAAGAAACAGGGUCAGUCAGUGGCCCCGGUGACCCCCAUCCCUAUGGAGCCGCACACCUGCGCCCAGUGCAAGACGGAUUUCACGUCGCGCUGGCGCUCGGAGAAGAGCGGCCCUGUCCUGUGCGACCAGUGCAUGUCGUCCAACCUGAAGAAGGCCCUGAAGGCGCAGCACACCAACCGUCUGAAGGCGGCCUUCGUCAAGGCCCUGCAGCAGGAGCAGGAGAUAGAGCAGCGGAUCCUCCAGCAGGCUGCCUCCCCCGUCUCCAAAAUGCCCUCUUCUUCCUCAAGGAUGAAGAGUGAGCAGCAGCAGCAUGUGCUGGUGUCUCAACAGUACAAGCAGGCGAGAGCCCAGCUCCAGCUCCAGCAGCAUAGAGGCACGCCUAUGGCCCGCCACCACUCCUCCAUCAAGCAGAGCUCUGGUCAGAUGUCCCGUAGUGUGCAGCAGGUGGUGGGGUCUCGCGGUGUCACUCACUCGUUCUCCACGUCCUCUCAGCAGCUGCAGAACGCUGUGACCGCAGCCUCGCUGGUCAGCAGGCCAGGUAAGCAUGCCAUGCGCCCGGCGCAGGGGACAAAGGGCAGCAGCAGCAGUAACCCCUCGGCCAACCCCAACGCCUGGAGGAAGCAGACCACCGGGAACUCAGGUGUGACCAUGGCCUAUGUGAAUCCCAGCCUGUCUGUCCACAAGACCACCACCUCAGCCAACCUGGAGCGCCAGAGAGAGUACCUUCUGGACAUGAUUCCCUCCCGCUCCAUCUCCCAGACAGCCAACACAUGGAAAUAACACCACCACUUAUUAUCAAUCUGAAUAAUAGUCAUUCUCAUGAUUAACCUAAUAAUGGAAUCCUCUUGGGAAAACAACACCAGAUGAUCUACUCUGGAGUUAUGAAAUAAAAACAAUACCCACCAUCUUUCUCUGAUGUCCGGAGUCUUCAGUUCCAUUGUGGAGUACUGGUGUUACUGGGUGGGUACAGGGCUCUGAGAUACGCUACAUACCAUGGGUCAAAGGGGUUGCAUGGACUUCAUCUCUCUCAAACAGUUUUGGUGCCCCUCUGCCCUGUCCUCCAUGGUCAGUUCUGAUCUUCACACAUUUGCACUAAGAGGGGUGGAUGUCCCAGGCCAGUAGUAUCUUUGGCUCUGCAGGUGACAGGACAGUUAACACCCCCCACCCCCCUCCCUUCUACCUAGAAGAGCCAGGACCAGGUCUCUCUGGCCUCUCUGACUGACUGAGACUAGAGGACCAUCCAUGGAAUAUGAAAAUGGCUUCAGCUUUGCAAAAACAAAAUAAUAAAAAAGACUUGGGGGAAAAAUCUAAACAUCUAUACAUACAGAAUGCUUCUCUUUGAUCCGACAGUGGUGCAGAACUGAGAAGAAGCCUACAGUGUGUCUGGUUAUUUUGUAUGGUUGAAUGUUAGAUUCAUUUUUCUUUUUUUUUUCUGUAAA